AUGUUCGAUCAGCUAUUUUCGCGGUCGAGGGCUGCCGACACUGGCGUUGUUCAUAGUGAUGGUUCCGCCGAUAUGCCCAUAAGCAACUGCAUUUCUGGCGAGCUGGGCGGCGUAGGAAUGUCCAUUGGUUUGAUCUCCGUCGUUCCCACUAGAUCAGAACCCGCCGACACCCCCGCUCCAGCGAGUACAGGGAGAUUUUCGGCGAGCAGCUUCCUAGCUGCUAUUUUCGGCAUCGGUAUUGCACUGAGUUUCUGGACACCAAAGAAUCUAUGGGUUUUUAUUGGUGGAUUCGGUCUACGCAGGGAGAAGAGGAAACAGAGAGAUCGCAAUAAGAGGGCAAUUGGUGCAGCAGCAGCACGUGAGGCGGUAACAGCCAAUGGGGAGCAGUUGAGAGAGGGCCAGAGGGACAAGGGCAAGGCACGAGCAAUUCAAGUCGUGGAGGAUGAUCUGGGCGAGAGUUCGAAGUCUUCCAAAACAGAGCGAACACCACUCCUCCUUGAGGCUUCAUAUGAAACAACAACGCCAAAAACACCAAGAAGUUCCACCAAAGCCGGCUCACGUGACUCCGGCAUCGACCUGACCAAUGCCGAGGAAAGCCGAGCAACACGCUCGGUAGAACAACAAAUCCCAAUACAGAAUCCCGACCCGAUAUUACUAAAAUCAACGGAGCCAGAGAUCAUAGAAGACGAGAUGCUUGAGACCAUUGAUGAGGCUGAGGAGGCCGAGCCAUUAUCACCAAUAGCGGAGAAUCCGUCGACAUGGACAUUUGCUAGUCACAAAACGUCCCCAACUCCCAGCGUACGAGCUGAAUCACCAGCUCCGCAGGUCGAGACAGGGUCGAUGGUGAUCGUUGCCCCAGGAGGCGUGGGUUUGGAUGCUUGCCCGUACGAGCAGCGAACGCAUUCGGUGGAGGCUCUCCCUAGAUCUGUUGUUGCUGACCUCCCGGUCACCGGCGGAGAAGGAUACAGAGAAUCUCGAUCGUUCACUCCUGUCGAGAAGGCAAGAUCAGCUGCCUCAUCUAUCAGGGCUCCAUCACUAAGCCGCGAAGUCUCUGUCGAGCCGGCACCAAAGCUCGACGUUGUGGAGGUGGUUCCGGUCAAGGCUGCCGAAGAGGAAGUAGUGAAGGCGGGCCCUUCAGUUCCUGAGGUCGCAAUGGAAGCUCCUAAGCGUGAGUUUGAGGAGCCCAAGAUUGAGGCUCCUAAGGUCGAAGAGGUUAUUGAAACCCCCAAGCCUGUAGAGGUCGAAGCCCCCAAAUCCGAGGUCCCCCAAGUCGAAGAACCCGUGAUCUCCAAGGCUGAAGACUUUGUCGCCCCCAAGGCCAAAGAGAUAGAAGUACCAGUACCAGAGGUCGAGGAGGUUAGAGCAGCAGUCGUUGAGAAUGUUGUAGUCCCCAAGAUUGAAGAGGUUGAAGUUCCUAAGGCUAAGGAGAUUGAGGCUCAUUUUGAAACCCCCAAACUUGUCGAGAUCUCUAACCCCUUCGAGGUUGAAGCUCCCAAGCCCAAGGAAACCGAGGCCCCAAAGGUGGAAUCCCCAAUCGUGGAAGCUCCAAUCUUGGAAGCACCAAUCGUGGAAGCUCCCAUUGUUGAAGCCCCUGCUGUUGAGGUCCCCAAAGUUGAAGCUCCCAAAGAUGAAGCUCCCAAAGUCGAGGAGCCCAAGGCCGAGGAGCCCAAGGUGGAGGAACCCAAGGCCGAAGCCCCCGUCGAAGCUCCGGUCAAGGCUCCCGUCGAAGCUCCCGUCGAAGCCCCGAUCCAAGCGCCUCAGGUGGAGUCUCCCAAGGUGCAAGAAGUUAUCGAGGAGCCCAAAGAAGGGCUCAAAAAGGCUGAAGGGUCGGAGGCACAGUCCACUUCGGCACCUAUCUACCGCAAGUCCUUUAGUAGUUCAUCAGAAGCACUCCCUAAGCUCGCCGAGGUUCCUGAGCCCGCCAGCGCCAAGCUCGAGGUUGAGCCCAAGGGCAAGGACAAGGCCGAUGAUGAUCUUUCAUUCAUCGAGCACCCAACAACCGCCUCCCCAGAUCAGAUCUCCCUCAACAGCGAAGGGAAGGACGAAAAGGAAGAGUCGCAGCCCGAGGUUACCAGUGCCGAGGACACCCGCCGUUCAAGGUCAGGUAAACCCCCUAGCGUUGCUGGAGACGACAAAUCGACUAGGUCCGAGUCGGGCCCCAGCAGAAAGCCAUCUUUCCGCCGCAUGGUCGGAUCCCACAGCAGGGCUCCAUCAGUCGAUUCGAACAAGAAGGAUUCUUCUCUCAGGCGAUCAUUGACAAAUGUGUUCCCUGGAAAGAAGAUGAAGCGCGAGAACUCGACAUCGUCUUCGCAGGCCAAGUUAGGUGAGCUUACGCCCCCACCUACUCCCCCGGAGCCAUUGGCAUCGUCCAAUGAUGCUGUUGCGGCAAGACCGGAAUCCAGACGCUCCGAGAAAGAGAAAUCCUCAAUGUCCCGAGCAAUGAGCUGGAGCAACACGAUGAACAAGCUGUCCUCCAAAGAGAAGCGAGAACAAGCAGCUAAGCAGUCUUCAGACCUUGAGGCUGCCGCCGGAAACGACGCCGCCGCGGCCGCCCCCUCCUCCUCCGCCCUCGAGGCUCCUGCUACUACCGCUGCGGCGGAACCUACCCCCGCCGAGCCCGUCAAGCGCUCAAACGCAUCUAUCAAAUCCCACAAAGACGGACGCCCGCCAACAUCAGACGGAAAGAGCGACGACGGCCGACCAAGCAAACUCCCCCGCCGUCCUACAUGGGCCUUCGGCAAGAAGAAGUCCACGCAGAACCUUGGCGAAGCCAAAUCCUCUUCCGCGGCCGCCAGUCAAAUUAGCCUUCACGGGCCCAGCAAGAGUGAAGAGAUCCCACAGGCACCUGCAGCUGAGGCCGCCGCCCCGAUUGAUAAGGGCAAGGGUGUAGAAAGGGUUGCCCCUGCUGCCCCUGCCGUCGUUGAGGCGCCCAAGGCUGCUGAGCCUGCUCCGGAGGUUCCUGCAGCCCAGCCAAAGAUCAUUGAGGCACCUGCUCCACCAGCUCCCACUGAGCAGGAACAGAAGGCGAUCGUUGACAGCGAGGCUGCUGCAGCCGCAGCUGCUGUCGUUGCUGAGCAGAAGCCUGCGCCAAGACCCAUGCUCAAGAGCAGAGUGACGUCAAUGAUGGCGUGGGGACGUAAGAAGAAAUAG